AUGAUUCCUCCAGGCUCAGAUCAAACUGCACGUCGCCAGGAGCUUGGUGAUGAUCAUGAUGUUAGCCAUUGCAGCUUUCAGCCACCUCCAGACUCAAAUGUCAAGAUGUCCGAGUAUGAAUGGUCACAAUGGUGGGAUGAAAUGAUGAACCUGCCGCCAAUGGCAGACUCUGGGUCAGGCUGGCCUGACUCAGAUAUGCGGCCUGCCGCCUCGCUGGACAUCAUAGCACCACUGUCCCAUGAAAACGAGUCAAACCCGCACAACAGUUCAGCUCCUGCGCCAAGUCAGGUUCAUCACACCCCCGCAGAGACCCCACUAGCCUUAUCCUCCGAGGAAAUUUUGGCCUUGGUCAUGAGUUUCGGUGACUCGGACGCAACUGACAGUGCCCCAGAGGCUGGAGUCACGGCAGUCCCGCAUCCAUACACCCUUGAAGUCGCUGGCAGUGAUGUUCACGCCCGCCUGUUGAAUGUUCGCUUCGACCUGCCACUAUCAUUGGGUCAGGUUGACUCACCGCCGCCAUCCCGAAGUCGAUACACCCCCUACAAAAUUAUUGACAGGCCUGACAUUCAUCGUGGCAGGCAUGGUCUUAGUGACGAUGCCGAACAUCAUGCUGGCCCAUCACGUCACAGCCUGAUGCCAGGUGUACCACAUCCUGCAGCACCAUUGUCUACGACAUCCGAGUCGUUGCCCCCAACUUCUGCGCUGUUCGGUCUUGAGAGCCUACCCAAGAUCAAAAAGGCGAUUGCCAGUCUCACUGCUGUCGUAACGGCAUUCAAUGAUCCUGAACUUACCUUGUGGUCCCGUGGGAGUGACACCAAAAAGCACGCAGAAAAAAUUGGCGAGACUGCCAAGCACCUCAGGAAAAAGGUCAAGGAUAUAGUUCGGACGGCAGUCUUAUUUGGCUACAAUUUGGAUGAAGCCUUGGCAACCCAAACACAAGAGGAGAUAGAGCUUACCGUCAGCAACCUUCUGCAAGGUGACGCGUUCCUAUACAGAGAUAUCAAGGUGGGAGGAGAGACUAUAGUCGGCGUGCCCUUUGCGAACAGAGUAGUGCGGCAUUUUGCGCAGCACGUACUGUUCCAUCAACUUGACCUCCAGGAAUACGUCAACCCCAGCCGAGACCUUGGGGCAUUAUUUGCUUUCAUCGGGACAUUAUUUGAGUGGGCGUUGAGGGAAUUGUCUACUGGUGUUUUCAUCCCCAGUGACUUUGACCUGUCCCGCGCCCGGGUGGCUUUCGACGAAAGGUUGAGUGGUCUCUACAAGUCAAUGAGGGGCGAUGUACGUAGCGUCCUAGUUGCAGGCAUUUACACCCAAAGGGGGCAACCAUCUUAG